AUGUCGGCCACGUGGGCCACGAUGAGAGAAGCUGUCCUCCCAACCCCAUUCUCCCCGGACCCCCGCGCCCCCGCCGGGCUCCAGGCUGAGCGCUGGCUGCGCCCCGCCCUGACCAAGUGCCCCGCCCCCGCGCCCCGCCUUAGCCCCCCCACCAUGUGCCCCGCCCUAGGCCCCCCCCCGACCAUGUGCCCCGCCCCUCCCCGCCCCUGGUCAUGUGCCCCGCCCCUAGCACCGCCCCUGGUUAUGUACCCCGCCCCUAGUCGUUGCCCCGCCCCUAGCCCCGCCCCUGGUCGUGUGCCCCGCCCCUGGCUCCGCCCCGGCCCUUUGCGCGCGCUGCCGGCGCCCCGCGCCUGUCUUUGCCCACAGGUCCCCGGGCAGGGAAGGGCUCACGCACGGGCCUGGCUGCGCCGACUGCGUGCUCCCCGCCGAGCGCCGCUGCUCUCCCCGGGCCCUGGGAUUCAGGUCCCUGCCAGCCGGGGAUCUCCCUCUGCAGCCAAUAAAAGCCCCGGACCCCGGGUCUCUCGCGGGCCUCCCUGGGCAGAAGCUCGGCCGGUUCCGCGGGUCCCCCUGGGGGCGAGCGCGCGGGGCCUGCGUCCUGCCCGCCCCGCCCCGCCCCGCCGUUGGGGCGUCCUGAGCUGGGAGCACGGCCCCGGGCCGAGUGCUGGGGCCCCCCGCAAGGGCGUUCCUGCCCCCCCGCCCCCGCGCUCGCCAGCGCCCCAGCACGGCCACCCUCCGUUCCCGCGCUCGCCGCUCCCGCGCCUGUGCAUCCUGCGGUGUCUCCCCGCAGCUCGGGCGGGAAGGGCGCUCCGUCCACCUUGCCCAGCGCGUCCCUGCCGCCCGGGCCAGGACCGGCACCGGAAUGCUCCACAAACAUCUGUGGGCUCGGGGCCCCGUGGCCCGACCUUGGCGUCUAAGGGUGUGAGGACAGGAGGGAGCCCCCCAGGCAGAACUGCAUCGUCCCAGUGUCGGAGAGCCCAUGUGCACGGUGUCGGUCAGGAGAUGUGUCUGCCAGGCAGUUUUGGGAAGUUUUAAAUACAGAUCAACCACCACCAAGAAGCACUAAGAAUCCAAACUGAGAUGAAAGUAAAAUAUACGCAGGAUUUCGAAGACUUACUAGGAACAAAAUUACAUGAAAUAUCUUCUACUAGAAAUUCUGGAGCCGCCUGAGUCUGUCUCCACCAGCAGCCCGGCUCUCACCUGCCCGGGGUGUCGGACACAGAACCUAAAUGUUCUCUGUGGUUAGGGGUGAGGUGAACUCCCCGCUGCUGGGGUUCAAGCCUCUCUGCCAGCAGGAUUUGCGUCUCAGGCUGGGACCUGGAAACAAGCCCAUUCUCCAGAUUUCUUCUGUCCCCAGCGGACAUCCGCCCAGCUGGGGGCGU